UACUCAGACCGUCUGGCCACGCGGGCUGCUCACUAAAUACCCACUAGGAGUUUCGGAAAGUGUUUAUUUUAUUUCGUCAUGGCGAAUGCAGGUAAACCUGAUUUACCCGAAGGUUACCUGGGUGCCCAAGGGUCAUUUGGAGAUCUUGGCCUCAGUGUCUCAAGCCACAGUGAUCCUUGUAUCACGAUCAGAGAAAACCAUUUGGAUAUUUCAUUCAACUGCAGUACGCCGGUAAAGUUUACACACCAGUUAAUUAACUGUGCCACGGAAAAGGAAAAUAAUGAGUAUGUGUUCACACAUACAAAGGACAAAACCGUGGUGUUUGUAAUACAACUUCCGGAAAUUGGUUACUACAAGCUCCAGCUAUUUGCUCUUCCUGUUACAGACGAGAGCAAAUCCCUUCCUAAUGUCUUCAAUUAUCUUAUCCAUUGUACUCGAGCAGUGCAGCCGGUGUACCCUUACCCCAAACAGUACGCCCAGUGGAAGGAAGGGUGUUUCCUGUACAAACCAUUAAUCCUACACAACGACUCCAAACUAACAAACAUUCAGUGGAGCGUGCAGGUGCCACACGCAAAGGGUGUGGCCGUUGUUGCUGACGGCGAGUGGUUCCACUUUGAAAAUCGAGGGGGACCGAUUUGGGAUGCGACGUUUAGUCUCGAUAAUCUCAGAGGCAAGAAUGCAAAGAUAACCUUGAACGCCAACCUUUCGGACGAUGAGACCAAGUACUGUACGUUACUGGAGUACAAGUUAUAGGCACCGAACAAAAGGCAAUACUUGUUUAUUACAUUAUAAUACAACGGAAAUAUAGGACAAUAUGAUAGAUAUUAAGGACCGAAGUGUGUGACAUACAUUCAGGUCUGGGAUAGUUUUUGGCAAUAUAGAACCUCAUAUGUAUACUGUUUUACAAGAUUUGCUUUCGCUGGAACAAAAGUACCAUACUUUAUUUAUUUGCUUAUGUAACGGCUCUUGAGGUCAAAUGCGAUGGUUGUUCUGCUGGCCCGUCGCUGAUGCUUAGUUGCUGUGUGAAUGUAGCGAGAGUUCCAUCACAUGGGAGAGGAUAGUUUCGUACUUUUUUGUAAAAGUCUAAAAUCGGUUCAGAAGUUUUUAACCAAAACAAUUUUUUUUGCCAAUUUACUUUUCAGUUGAAAUUUAUGUUUGGAGGUUUCACAAAAAACCUGGUUCGGAGUGUAUCGAGUGCCUUAAUACCAUUUCUCUCUGCUAGGCUCCGCCGAUUGGGUCAUUUUAGAGUGAGGUAUUGCGGAGAGUAGAAAACGACAACAGAUGAAUAAGUUUAUACAAUACGUGUUUAUUAAAAUUUUCUGUGAAAUUCACGACUAUGUCUAGUAGUCUAGCUAUCCGCCUUGAUGUGAUUUUACUAUUUUUUAUAAAUAUGAUAUAAUUCUAUUUGUAUUUUGUUUUUAAAUUUUCAUUUAUAGAUCAUUUUUGUUCUGUUUGCAUUGCUCAUUAUUGUUAGAGAAAUAAAUUGGAUAUAAAGCUC